AUGUUUGCUUGCUUCAGUGAAAAGGCUACACCUGUUUCCCAAGAACCUGCUCAAAAGAUUAUGAAUUGGAAGACAGAAUCUUCUCAAUCAGCCUCAAUCAGAAAUCCUUUGGUUACAACGUCAAAGACAUACAUGGAUGAUAGUGAAAGUGACAUUGUUGGAGAACCCUACAUGAUUGCUGGAAGCCAUUCUUGCACCCUCGACAGAUUGUAUGCGUGGGAGAGAAAACUUUAUGAUGAAGUAAAGGCUGGUGAAUUCAUAAGGAAGGAGUUUGAUCGAAAGUGUGACCAGUUAAGGCAUCAAUUUGCAAAAGAUGAAAGCAGUAAAGUGAUUGACAAAACCCGAUCAGUAGUGAAGGAUCUGCAUUCUCGGAUAAUAGUGGCUAUUUAUUCUGCUGAUUUAAUAUCUAAACGAAUUGAGAUGAUGAGAGAUGAAGAAUUGUUCCCACAACUUUUGGAAUUUACUCAAGGGUUGAUGAAGAUGUGGAAGGCUAUGCUGGAAUGUCAUCAUGCACAAUACAUUACUGUGUCUUUGGCUUAUCAUUCAAGGAGCUCAAUGAGAACCUUGGAAGGAGAUACACGAAGAGAGAUAAUGGCUCAACUACUAAAAGAUCUUGAGUGCUUUGGUUUAAGCUUUUCUAACUGGAUCAAUAGCCACACUUCAUACAUUGAAGCUCUCAAUGGAUGGCUACAAAACUGUAUACUAGAACCAAGGGAACGUUCCAAGAACAGAAAGCCAUUCUCCCCUCGUCGUGCUUUGGCCCCACCUAUAUUUGUUCUUUGCCGAGAUUGGUGUGCUGGGAUCAAGGCUCUGCCUUCUGAGGAACUAAGUCACGCAAUAAAGUUCUUUGUAUCUGAUCUUCAUCGGAUGAUAGAUCAGCAAGAUGAAGAGCUUCAUGACAAAUAUAAUUCAGUAGUUGCCAGCAAUAGUGGAGAAACCGAGAGCAAAACUAUUGAAAAGAGUGAAGAUGGUUCUUCACAUUUGUGCUACAUACAUGCAAGUUUAACCAAGCUUCUUCACCAACUUACUAAAUUUUCUGACGCAUCAUUGAAGAUGUACGAGGAUAUCAGACAAAAAGGUGAAGCAGCUCAAACUGCUUAUCACAGUUGUAAGUCCAUCAGGACUGACAAAAUUUGA